AUGAUGAUGAUUCGACAGUGUUCCAGCAUAAUGCUUGGUAAAUAUAUUAGAUCUUUAUGCUAUGAGCAUACACGAUUUCGUAAGAAACCAAGAAUUGGAGAUAGAAAGCUUGAAAAUGCUUCAAAUGUUUUUGAUUUCAAUGCUUGGGAUAAUGUGGAAUGGACUGAAGAACAAAAGAAGCUAGCUGAGGAAGCUGUAGAGAAAAACAGUCAAAUCAGGUUCUCACAAGAAGAAAUUGAAUCUAUUGAGGAGUCACAGGCUAAUAAAUGGGAUUCCUUCUAUGGGAUCCAUAAUAAUCGCUUCUUCAAAGACCGCCUUUGGUUAUUUACUGAAUUUCCAGAGCUUGUUCCUUACAAAAAUGAAGCCCCUGAGAGGGUAUAUCCAGAAAGUGAAGAGAUUGUUAAUAAAAUGAGUAGUCUGGAUGUUACCAGAAGCACUGAGGAAAGAAAAAUAUUUGAAAUUGGUAGUGGAGUUGGAAACACUAUAUUCCCAAUUCUUAAAUUUAGCACUGAGAGCAAUUUGAAGGUCUAUGCUUCCGAUUUUAGUGAAGAAGCAAUAAAAAUCCUCAAAGAGAGUCCAGAAUAUGAUAUAAAGAGAUGCCAGGCUUUUGUUUUAGACGCAACAUCUGACGACUGGGUAGUUCCAUUUGAGGAAAACUCGAUUGAUAUAAUCGUUCUGAUCUUUGUGAUGUCAGCAAUUAAUCCAGACAAGUUCACUAAAGUCGUUGAGAACAUCUACAAGUAUUUGAAGAAAGGAGGUCUAGUGCUUUUUAGAGAUUAUGGACGGUAUGAUAUGGCACAGCUAAGAUUUAAAAAUGGCAAGUGCUUGCAAGAUAAUUUUUACCUCAGAGGCGAUGGAACUAGGUGCUACUUUUUCACGCAAGAAGAAAUUAGAGACAUUUUUACGUCUAAAGGAUUUACCGAGGAAUUUAACGCAAUUGAUAGAAGAUUACAAGUCAACCGUGGCAAAAUGUUAAAAAUGUAUAGGAUAUGGAUACAAUGUAAAUUCAGAAAACCAACUUAA